AUGAUUCUUGUAAAGGACGGAUUAAAAUAUAGGAAUCUGUCGGAGCUUCUUUCCUCCACUAUUGAGAAGCACAUUGAGAUUUCGGCGGUCGAACUGAACAAGCGAAAAUUGGUAGUAAUUGCAUUAUAUAGACCUCCGACUGGCGAUUUUGAUCUGUUUGUGAACGUUGUUGACAAGAUGUUGUCCGAGGUGGCUGAGAGGUUCCCUGCUCAUGAAGUAUACUUGGCAGGAGAUUUCAACAUAGAUUUCCUAGUGGAAAGUAACGAUAUGAGAGACUUGUUGAAUCUACUUAAAUCUCAUGGGCUGGCUAUAACGUCGACAUUGCCAACACGGGUUACCAAGACAAGCAGUACCUGCAUAGCUAAUGUAUUCACAAAUAAAGACUUGGACAAUAUUAAGGUGAGAACAAUAAAUAUGCAUAUGUCGGAUCAUCGGGCACAACUAUUGGCGAUAACUGAAAAGCGGAUAAAGAAGGAAAAAGUGAAAAAGAUUAAAAUAAGAGAUAUAAGUGACCACAAUGUGCAGAUAUAUAAACAAAAGCUUCUGUCAUAUCGGUGGUUGGAUAUCUUGAGGGAGAAAUCUUCUGAGGAGAUGUUCAACACGAUCUAUGAAAUUAUCCUGAAAGAUUACAAUGAAUGCUUUCCAGUGAGGUACAGACCGGAAAAGAGUAAAAAUAAUUAUUAUUUCACUGAUGUGCAGAUAAGGAUGAAAAACAGAUUAGAUGCGUUAGCAGUAAGAGCAGCAACAACGAAAAGUGAUGAAGAUUACCGGGUUUACAAUAAUUAUAAGAGAUUGUUUCACCAAGAAAUUGCUGAAUCGAUAAAGCAGAGAAAUGCCUCAUUUAUAGAAAACUCAGAGAAUAAGCAGAAAGCUAUAUGGCACCUCAUUAGGACAGAAACAAAUAAGAAACGGAAAUCUUCAGCCAAGACCUCACUAUGUGCUGAAAAUUUAAAUACCUAUUUUUGUGAAUUGGGUGAGACAGUUGCUGAAAGUAUACCUGUAUCAGAGAUCAGACCCGAAGAUUUCCUGAAAAAUGUCAAAAUAGAUAACAGUAAAUCGUGUUACUUUCGUCCUACCACACCAGAAGAGAUUGAAGCAAUUAUAGGAAAUCUGAAAAAAAAAUCUGCCACAGAUGUGGAUGAUUUUUCAGUGGAACUAUUGAAGAAGAUAAAAAGGGAAUUAUCCGAUCCUUUGUCGUUCGUUGUGAAUAAGUGUAUGGAAGAGGGAGUGUUUCCUGCUGUGCUGAAACGGGCAAAGGUAGUUCCAGUUCACAAGGGAGGUGAUGCCGAUCAAGAACAAAAUUACAGGCCCAUAUCAAUUUUGCCAGUCCUGUCUAAGGUGCUGGAAAUGGCAAUCAAGGAGAGAUUGGUUGAUUUUUUUGAAAAGAACAAAUUUUUCUCCGAUCAUCAACACGGCUACAGGGGGGGCAGAUCGGUUGUGACAGCCAUAUGGGAAGUUCUCAAGCUUACUGCUGCAGCUUGGGAUGGUAAUGACAUUGCUGAGUUGUUGUGUGUUGAUCUUUCAAAGGCUUUCGACACCGUUGAUCAUGGUACGUUGCUUGAGAAGCUGUUUUACUAUGGAGUGAGGGGCAUUCCACUUAAGUUAAUUGCCUCAUACUUAUCUGAGAGAGAACAACUGGUUACCUGGUUGAAUGAGCAGUCCACCAGCCGAAAGAUUAAGAUAGGUGUCCCGCAGGGUUCGGUGCUUGGCCCAAUCCUUUUUUUGAUCUUCAUUAAUGACCUGAUCUGGAAUAUAAGUUUUUAUGGAGCUGUACUGUUUGCUGAUGAUACCUCUGUUAUGCUGAGAGGUAAAAGUGUGGACGAGAUACGAACUAAAGCGGAGAAACUACUGGAAGACAUCGGAAAGUGGUUUCAGGCGAAUAGACUGAAAAUGAAUGAGAGCAAGACACAGCAGCUCACAUUUUCCCAUGCAUUGGAUCAGAGAGCCUCCGUUAAGUUUUUGGGAGUCCAUUUGGAAUCUGGACUAGGCUGGAGGACCAACAUUGAUGGACUGGUAGCAAAACUGUCAGUGGCUGUGUAUUCCAUUCGACGGGUGAAAAUGUGCACAACAUAUGAAAUGGCCAGGCUAACUUAUUUUGCCAACUUCCAUAGUGUGGCCUCCUACGCCAUUCUUUUUUGGGGUAGUUCAUCGGAAGCGCAAAGAGUGCUUUUACUCCAGAAGAGGGCUAUAAGGGCUCUUUUCGGCCUUGGACCCAGAGACAGUUGUAGAGAGGCAUUCAGGGCUGGGGGCAUCUUGACUGUCCCAAGUAUUUUCAUAUCAUCCACACUGAAGUAUGUGCAUGCUAAUAUCAGAAACUUCCCGAGGAAUAUGCAGAGGCAUCCAUAUGGAACAAGAAAUAGAACAGCCUUAGAAAUACCCUUUCAUCGUCUAACAUCGUCACAGCAAUUUGUUGAUUACUGGGGAGCCGUUUUGUACAAUUCGAUACCGGAUACUAUAAAACGGUUAAAUGCUACAAGAUUCGACAGGGAGAUAAAGAGGGCUCUGUUGAAGACUACUGUAUAUAGCUUGAAAGAAUUUUUGGACCGGCCUUCAUUCUUUUUUACAUGA